AUGAGAUCGGUACAAACCUUUUCGCAGCUCUUUAACAGGAUUCUGGCUCCGUAUGUCGAGAAUUUGGACUUGAAUCAGGUCAACUAUGGUAUCGCCCAAGGUCAGUUGACCUUGAGGAACCUCAGGCUGAAGCGUGGCGUGCUUGACAAGUUUCAGCUACCCGUCGAUGUGCUAGAGGGGCAUUUGGGCGAAUUCACGCUCUCCCUUCACUGGAUGAAUCUUGGAAAUCAGCCUGUCGAAAUCUUAAUUAAAGACGUCUACCUACUUGUGGUCCCCUCCGCCCAAACGAAUGUUAGCCCGGAGGAAGAAGAGGCCCGCGCACAGGCUGCAAAGGCUGAGCGUUUAGAGAACGCUGAGCUACUGCACAUGAAAGGGCAGGCGGAAACACAAUCAGAAUCACCCCAAACUCAGGGUUUGAUCCAGUCCCUCAUCACUAAAGUCAUUAACAACGUGCAAGUCACCAUCUGCAACAUUCACAUCCGAUAUGAAGAUAACGUCAGCGUUCCCGGGCACCCAUUCGCAGCCGGCGUUACCCUUGCAGGCUUCGCGGCAGUCUCAGUGAACGAGAAAUGGCAACCUGUCUUCAUCGAGAGUACUGCUGGUGCCAUUCACAAGCUCGCCAAACUUGAAUCACUCGCCGUAUAUGUGGAUACCGAUGCUAAAAGCAUGUCAGGCCUUCCCAGAAACGAGGCAAUUGAACACUUCUCAGCCAUGAUCGACGACAAGGACGGACGAUGGAACCACCAAUAUAUCUUGAAACCCGUAUCAGGAGAAGGAAGGAUUAUUGUCAAUCACAAAAUUGACCGGAAUACCCCCCGGUUCAAUAUUGAACUCUUGUUCGAUGAAAUCGGUGUAGCCCUCGAUAAUGACCAGUACCGUGACGCCAUCUCCCUCAUCGACAUGUAUCAUGUCUACAUGCGGAAGCAUCAGUAUCGCAAGUACCAACCGUCGAAGGAGGAAAUAGCCCAAUCUCCGGCCAGAGCAAGACUACGAUAUGCGGCAACUGCAAUCCUUGCAGGAGUGCGGGAGAAGAGGAGGAAGUGGACCUGGCAGUACUUUGCCGAAAGGCGCGAUGAUCGCAAUCGCUAUGUGGAAUUGUUUCAAAAAAAGCUUUUGGCUUCGCUGGUAGGAGAGGAAUUAUCAGCAAUCGAGAAUCUAGAGAAGAAACUCUCUUAUGAAGACAUUCGCUUCUACCGGUCUAUCGCACGAUCGCGGCUGCGUAAGGACCAGGAACUCAGGAAGAAAAUCGAAGCAGAGAAGAAGAAGCAGCAAAGCCAAAAGCAAGGAUGGGGCUCAUGGCUGUGGGGCUCAAGCUCGGAAACACCCAAGGAAGCAUCUAUCUUUGGAGAGAAUAUGACCGAAGAGCAGCGAAAGCAACUCUACGACGUCCUGGAUUAUGACGAAAAGUCCUCUCUUAUGGAGGCCUUGCAAGCGCCGCGGGACUCGCUCAAGAUGCAGGUUACUGCCAAGUUAAAGAGAGGGUCCUUUACCCUUCGGACCGAUCCUCAUGGCGAAUGCAGGGAAAUGAUGUCUGUCGUCUUCGACGUCUUCAACGCCACCUUCAUCCAGCGCCACGGCAAUUUCGAAACGACGGUAUCCUUACAAGACCUUCGGGUUUUUGACGGAACGACUGAGAAUACGCUGUAUCCUCAGAUUGUCCGUGUGAAGCGAGACGUCGAGAGGAUCCAUACGGCCGUGGAAGAGAUUGAACAAAAUUCCAGCGAUAUUGGCGCAGAGACGGAGGAACCUUUCUUCUUCAUCAAGUUCGAGAACAAUCCUUUGGAUGACAGAGCCGACACUGCUCUCACUAUUCGCAUGCGACACAUGGAGAUCAUCUACUACAAAGGUUAUGUGGAAGCCGUCUACAAGUUCUUCAAACCACCGGCGAGCCAAUUGGAAUCUGUGGAAGCUCUAUUGAACGCGGCUAGUCAGACUCUGGAGGGGCUGCGUAAAGAGACCCGUGCUGGUCUCGAGUAUGCAUUGCAAACGCACAAGACCAUCGACAUCCAGGUGGACAUGAAUGCCCCCGUCAUCAUUGUUCCAGAGGACAUCACUACCACCGAAUGCACUCACCUCAUAGUCGAUGCAGGCCAUAUCGCUGUCGAGAGCGAGCUGGGCGACAAAAAGGCUAUCCACGAUAUUCACCAGAAGCGCAACCAACAGUACACGGAUGAAGACUAUCGCAGGCUCGAAUCGUUGAUGUAUGAUAAGCUUUCCCUUAAUCUGCAAGAUGCCCAGUUCAUCCUUGGUAAAAACCUGAAGGAGUCGCGGAAUGCUAUGGUCAAUCCAUCUAGCGAUAAUCUCCACCUUCUGGAGAAAAUCAGUAUCGGGCUUCAAAUUCAAAAGUCAAUCGUGCCAUCCGCCGCCACUCUCACGCAGUUCAAGGUUCUUGGCAAUUUGCCUUCUUUGCAGCUUAAUCUUUCGGACAUGAAGUACCGGUCAUUGAUGCGCUUAAUCGACGUAUGCAUUCCCAAGCUGGAUGAUACACCCGAAGGCGCGGUGGCCCAACGGCCCAUGCCUCACAGGAGGUCAGCUUCUGGAUACAACCUCCCGAGACUCUUCGAACCCAGCAAUGAAGAGUAUAAUGUCGACGAUGGUGAGGGAACUGACGAUGGUUCGGAUGACAAGGAACAGUUCUUUGAAGCGGAUAGCGGUUCUUCGGAGCCUCAACUACACCAGCGCGCCUUCGAGCUUGAAUUCCGAGUCGGAACACUUCGCGCUUCUCUUUCCAAGACCAAUCGAGAGGAUAUUGAGAAACCACUAGGGGAGCUGUCUCUGGAAGGCUUUGCGCUCUCCUUUGCUUUGUACAAGUACCACAUGGACGUGGACGUUACAUUACGCUCCGUUUCCACCGACAUCAUUCAGAACGAUGGGGCCAUCAACCUUAUCUCAACGCCUACCGACGUCUCAGGGUCACCCGAUCUCCUCAAAGUCAAAUAUUCCCGCGCGCAGCGAGAGUCGCCUGAAUUCCAGCCUGUCUAUGAAGGUAUCGAUCAGAACAUCGACGUAAAGAUGUCCACAUUAGUCUUCCGAGUCGCACCAGAACCGAUACUGGCGACUUAUGAUUUCAUCAUAACUACAUUUGUACCACAGAACACCCCCAAUGACGCUUCAACGAAUGGAGCUUCAUUAGACGCUUUAGGGUCAGAACAUGCGGUCCAACAAGCCGCGGACGACGGCAAAAUUCGCGUGCUGGUGAAGCUCGAGGGAGUAAAGAUGGUCAUUGAGAAUGAUUCCAACGUGCUGGCAACGCUCAAUCUCUCCGUCGCCGACGUGGCUGUCUUCCUUCGGGGCCCAACCCUUCGUGUCUCUGGGCGCCUAGGUGAUCUCUUCCUCACGAACGACAACGACCGCUAUGCUAUCCUCCCUGAAUUCAAUCGACUACUCUCGAUCGAGGGCCAGAAUUUCGCUGACUUUGUAUAUCAAACAUACGACCCUUGUGAUGAAAACUAUGCAGGCAUCAGGUCGUCCUUCAAACUCAACGCAGCGUCCCUCAAAGUGAACUUCCUGGAAGGACCUUUGCACUCACUCUACGUCUUCCUCCUCAAGCUCGCUCGCCUCAAAUACCUCUACGACGCCGCGACGUCGGCUGCUGUUCAGACUGCCGCGGAAAUGGACAGAACUCAAUUCGACAUCUCUAUCAAGACACCAAUCCUCGUGCUCCCAACAGACCCUUCUCAGUCCCUUGAUGUCAUGACCAUGCGACUAGGACAUAUCGAGGCCAGAAAUUCUUUUGAAGACGCGACGAACAAGAUUGCAGCCAGCCUUCACGGAAUCAAAUUGGAAUCUCUGUUUCAUGACGCAGAGAAACAGCCGCACUCGCUCAAGAUCAUUGACAACAUCGAUGUUGACGCUGAGAUAGCGCAAACGGUUGGGAUAGAACGCGAGGAGGACACUGUCCGCCCAGAUACUCAGAUUUCUGUAAAGGUGUCUGAUGUCAAACUUCACCUGACGCAGCGACAGUAUAUGCUCUUGAUCCAACUUUCUCACUCUAUACCACGGACCUUCUCUGACACCCUCGAUUCCUCAGAGAAAUCGGCACUCGAGCAAGUUGGUGGCGGGACAGAGGCUGAACGUCGUCUCGAAAGACCGAUGGUCAAUCUCCAGCCAGAGCUUCGAACUGGCUCUGAGGGGUCUGUUGUCUGGACAGCACUCGACUUGGUGGUCACUAUCAACGCCGUCAAACUACACCUAUACGACGGCUCAGUGAUUUCCGAGGCCCAGCAAAAGGAACAUGGAAUUGUCCGAUUUGCUCUAAACGACAAAACUCUACGCUUAAAACAGUUGAACGACGGUUCAAUGGAGGCUCAAGUCAUCCUUCGAUCGUUCACUAUGAGUCUCACCCGCCCUGGUCCCACAAGGUUCAGAGAAAUUAUCCCAGCAGCUCAACAUGAUCGAAACCAGUUCAUGAUUUUGUACACGUCCUCGGCAUCGACUUCACAAGCAGUCUUGACCAUCGACUCCCCUCAAAUCAUCUUUGCAGUCGACCCAGUCUUUAGAUUGACCCAGUUCUUUACCAGCCCUUUCGAACAAUCCAGAGGCUACACCGAAGAAGGGAUGGGAAACAACGAUGUCUCAGCGAACGACGCGGCAAGUCAAUUGGAUUUUAGAGUUGACCUUCACGAAGUGUCAAUCAGCGUACUCGAAAAUGAUGCGGAUCCAAACACCCGUGCCAUUCGCCUUUAUAUCAACCAAAUCCUGUUCUCGCAGCAGGGAAUCAUGGCACUCAAUAUACAACGACUUGGGAUGUCUCUGAUUCAAAUGGGCCGACACACCGAAAGUGCCCGCUUCCUCGACGACGUAGAUUUGACAGUCUCCCUGGAUACCCGUUCCUCAGCUGCCCAACAAAUGACCAGCAUUGAGAUCAACGCCAAACCAAUCGUAUUCCGAGCAUCUUAUCGCGACAUCAAUUUAAUUACUACCAUCGUCAACAAGGCUAUUGAGCUGUACGCCAACUCCCCGUCAGCGAGCGAACAUUCAAACCACGACCCAAGCUACUCCAUUGACAGGGCGAUCCAGGGACGAAAGGCUGAAACAAGUGUCAUUCAUGCAUCCGCCGCCUCGAAGACCGCCGCAAUCGGCAAAGCGAGGGUCAUGAUGUCCAAGGAGCAAUUGCGAGCGUCUUUCGAUGGGUUCCGUCUUAUUCUUAUCGGGGACAUGCACGAACAACCAAUGCUGCACCUCAAAGUCAAGCCGUUCAUUGUCGGUGCAAAAGAUUGGUCAGGAGCGCUGCAUGCGACGACGACCCUCGCUACCCAGAUCACCUAUUGGAACUUGACCAAUUCUCAUUGGGAGCCUCUGAUUGACCCAUGGACUUUCACCAUUCGCGUCUCGAAAGACAGUCCUACAGGGAGCAUGAACGUUUCUCUCUCCGCUAGCGAGAAACUCGACAUAAAUCUUAGCACAACAUUCGUCGAGCUGGCCUUAACAACUGUCAACACUUGGAGCAAGGAAGGGGCAGAAGUUCUUCAGAAGCCUCGUGGCGUCUAUGCACCAUAUCGCAUCAGGAAUUGCACCGGCACACCAGUUGUUGUCUGGUCUGACGCAGAGCACAACGCACAGUUGAGUGAAGAUAGCAAGGUUAAGAUUGCCAACAAUCAGAUCGUAGAUUGGAGGUUCGGAGAUUGGAGAACAACGCGAGAGCACGUAUCCUCAGGGCAGCACACCAUUGCUAUCCAAUUCACUGAACAUAACUGGGAGGCAUUGAAGGGGAUCCCGGUCGAACGUGAAGGGGAAUACGUCUUCUCCUUACGGCCCAGGACAGAAAAAUAUCCCACUCGCGUUCUGUUUGACGUGAAAGUCGUCGACAAUACCAAAAUCGUCACCAUCAGAUCGACUUACAAGAUCGAAAAUCUGACCCUAUACCCAUUAGAGUUGAUGCUCAUCGAUGAGCAUGGACAACCAGUGAACUCCCUGGAGAGGGUACCUCCUGGACACGACUAUGCCCUCCCCAUUGAUGCAGUUACUAAAAACAAAGUCCGGAUCCAACCUGAUCAGGGUUUCGGCUACAAAUGGUGCCAUCCUUUGCGCUGGGAGGAUCUGAUUGCAAGGAAGGGCUUCACCAUCAAGUGUGCCCACAGUGAUCCGAAGGAAGCUGCGUUCAGGUUCCAAGCCUGGGUACAGACGGACAGCAAUGACAUCGCCACUGGGAAAAACCCGAAAAUCAAUCUUCGCCUCCGAGCUCCUCUCGAGUUAGAGAAUUUAUUGCCGUAUAAUCUUGAAUACAGGAUCUAUGACAAGAACACUGAUCAGAACUGGCGAAGCUACCUGCGUAAGGGUGGCGUCAUGCCCAUCCAUUCUGUCGAGCUUGGACAUUUUAUCCUUCUGAAUGUCACGCUCCAAGACAGCGUGUUCAAACCCAGCGAAUUCGCUAUUAUAAACACAGAUGGCCACUCUGACUUUGACAUCGAGAAACGCCUGACGUUGCGAGACCGUCAAGAUAGGAAACUGGACUUGCGUCUGAACUAUACUCGUUACCCUGAAUCAGGUGGCGCAUUUAAGGUUCAAAUCUAUAGUCCCUACAUCGUCAUCAACAAGACCGGAUUGCCAUUCUCUGUAAGAUCGACAAGGUCAACUCGGGCGGGCUACCAGGAAGCAGCCGGGGAUACGCAACCAGAUACUACUCGAACCUCUGCGCCAUUCCGUAGGUCAUUCGCGAUCGUUGGUGGCCAUGUCACUCACCCCUUGGUAGUGCUCUCUCACUCACAUACCGACGGCCAUGAAUUCAUCUUCAAAUUUGGCGAAUCGACCUGGUCCAAGAUGAUCUCCCUAGAGGCUCCGUCUGCCGAGACGGAGGUGUCCGUCUUUACCCCGAGAAACUCACCGGACCAACUCUUUACUGGGUUGUCCUGGAGUGAAGGACAGGGCAAAUACAAACUCACAAAGGUCAUAGUCCUGACGCCUCGUUUCCUGAUCCGAAACAACCUUUCUUAUCCCAUUGUUUUCCGAGAGCACGGCGUGAUCCCUCGAGAACGUGCUGUAAUUCCCCCCGGUGAAAGGGCAGCAUUGCGUGUCCUUCGUUCGUCUGAGGACAAGUUGCUGACCAUUGCCUACUCUGGGAUCAAUGCGCAAUGGACGCCACCGAUCUCCCUGGAAGACAUAGGCUCCGUCUACGUCCGCCUGGCACGCGAUGGGAGUAUAACUGACCUCGUUCGUGCAGACGUUGUUAUCGAAGGAUCUACCAUUUUCGUUCUUCUGUCGCAAUCCGACGAGUGGCCAUUUGUGAUCGAGAACGAGACUGAUUGCCGGUUUGAGCUGCGCCAAAAGGAUGAGUCAAGAGAUGGAAAGGACCAGCCGGGCUAUGCCGUGCCGCCCUUUUCCAAGGUGCAAUACGCAUGGGACUUCCCCGCAGCCAAAGAGAAAAGGCUUGUUCUUUCCACCAAAACCUCGCGACGCGCUAUCGACAUCAUGGAGAUAGGUGACCUCAUGCCCUUCAAGUUCAUGGACAACAAUAAAAGUCGGGCCGUAUCCCUCGAUGUUCGCGCAGAUGGGCAGAAGCAAGUCCUCCGGAUAUCGAACUACAACCCAGAGCAUAGUCUUUAUCGCCCGCGACAGAGGUCUGGUUCUGUCAAUGUCUCGAGGCAAGAUACCAUCUCCAGCGCGGAAGGCUUCGAAGCGAUCACUGAGGCUGUCACGACCACCUUCACAUUUACAUUGGAAUGGUCUGGAAUCGGCCUCUCGUUGGUCAACAAGCGUUUGGUUGAAGUGAUAUAUAUGACGAUCGACAGCCUCAAGGUAGAAUAUACGGACAGCACUGUCGCGCAGGCCGUCAACGUGACUUUCGGCUCCCUUCAAAUAGACAACCAACUACACGAUGCCCUUUUCCCAGUCAUCCUUCAACCAACGCCCCUUGGGAAACAGUCGGGAAAUGUUGGCGCCCUUCCCACCAUCCAGGCUUCCAUUAUCUGGCUCAAAGACCAAGCCCACGGAGUUCUAUUCGUCAAAUAUUGCUCGGUCCUGAUACAGGCUUUGACAAUCGAAGCCGAUGAAGACUUACUGUUUGCCAUCUAUGACCUCACCCAGAUCAAAGGGGCGUCUUGGGAAAUAGAUUCCCCUGACGUCUUGAUCGCCAACCCAGGAGCAAUCUCUGAUCCAACCGUCUCAUCGAUGGGACAGGAGCUCUAUUUCGAAGUCCUAGAGCUUCAGCCAAUUAAACUUUCGCUCUCAUUUAUGCGCACAGAGCGGGUGAGCAGCGAGACGAGACUGAGUUUGCGCAACCCACUGGCCGUACUUGUCAAUGCAUUGACAAUGGCCGUUGGCAAUAUCAACGACGCCCCGUUGGAAAUGAAUGCUCUAGGAAUUAAGGACAUGCGGUUGACGACGUCGGACCUGCAGAACCGGAUAUUUUACCACUACCGCCAGGAUGUUUUGCGCCAACUCUAUCGAAUCCUGGGCUCCGCCGAUUUCAUUGGAAACCCAGUGGGACUCUUCACGAACGUCAGUUCAGGGGUUGCCGACAUAUUCUAUGAACCUUUCCAAGGUGUCGUCAUGCAUGGAAACAGAGAAUUGGGGAUAGGUAUCGCGAAGGGAGCCGCAAGUUUCGUUAAGAAGACCGUCUUCGGUCUCAGCGAUAGCUUAACCAAAUUUACAAGCAGCGUUGGGAAAGGCCUGUCGGCUGCUACAUUUGAUUCCGAAUAUCAAGCUCGACGAAGGAUGACCCAACGACGGAACCGUCCUCGACACGCCAUAUACGGAGUGGCCGCUGGAGGCGAGGCCCUAGCCAGCAGUGUCACCAGCGCGAUGGAAGGAGUAUUUAUGAAGCCUAUCGAAGGUGCAGAAACAGAGGGUGCCUUGGGAUUCUUCAAGGGUGUUGGCAAAGGCCUCGUUGGUGCCGUCACAAAGCCUGUAGUUGGAGUGUUCGACCUUGCAUCCAAUGUCUCCGAAGGCAUCCGAAACACAACGACCGUAUUCGACAAUCCUGAAAGGGACCGCGUUCGAGUACCUCGUUUAACCCCUGCUGACGGCGUUCUCAAACCGUAUUCUUCCCGGGAGGCGCAGGGUCAAUACUGGAUGCGCGACUUGAACAAUGGUGCUUACAGAAAAGAUUUUUACGUUGCUCACAUCAACUCUCCAACCGGGGACAAUGUCGUGCUACUGACGCAGUCCAAAGUGCUUUCAUUCUACUCGAGGAAACUGCGACUGGAUUGGGAACUGCCAUUCAAUCAAAUCCAGGGCGUAACCGCUGAAGACAAUGGAAUUCGUUUCGCUCAUCGACUGGGCCGUGCACACGACAAAUUCGCCCUUAUCCCCGACAAGGCCGCCCAAACCUGGUUUUUUAACCAAGUGGCCGCUGUAGUACGAUCUUUUAACGCUCGCCGACGGAUGGAUGCAUGA